UCGAUGUCUAAAUAUAUGUCUUUUUAUUUUCCUUUGUUUAGGGGUGCGUUUUCCGAAGUGAGACUAGCGGAGAGUAAAGAGAAGCCUGGUCAAAUGUUUGCCGUGAAGAUAAUCGACAAGAAGGCGCUAAAGGGAAAGGAGGAUUCAUUAGAAAACGAAAUCAAAGUCCUGCGAAGGUUCAGUGAAAGUGCGACACCACAGAGUGGUGGCGGAUCGCUCAGGUCGGAUAGUAGUGGCGAAAAGAGAUGGUUAACUCAUCCCAAUAUCGUUCAAUUACUGGAGACGUUCGAGGACAAACACAAGGUCUAUCUAAUUAUGGAGCUGGUCACCGGUGGAGAGCUGUUCGAUAGAAUAGUCGAGAAGGGUUCAUACACGGAAAAAGAUGCGUCCGGCUUAAUAAGACAGGUGCUCGAGGCGGUCGACUACAUGCACGAACAGGGUGUCGUUCACAGAGAUCUCAAGCCCGAGAAUCUUCUGUAUUAUAGCCCGGACGAGGAUAGUAAAAUCAUGAUCAGCGAUUUUGGCCUAUCGAAGAUGGAAGAUUCCGGAAUUAUGGCGACCGCAUGCGGCACACCGGGAUACGUCGCACCCGAGGUUCUGGCACAAAAGCCAUACGGCAAAGCGGUGGACGUUUGGAGCAUAGGUGUCAUCUCGUACAUCCUCCUGUGCGGUUAUCCUCCGUUCUAUGACGAGCACGAUGCCAAUCUAUUUGCGCAAAUUCUGAAAGGUGAAUUUGAAUUCGAUUCACCGUAUUGGGACGACAUCAGUGAUUCCGCAAAGGAUUUCAUUCGAAAGCUGAUGUGUGUCAAUGUCGAGGAGCGUUACAGUUGCAAACAGGCCCUUGCACAUCCUUGGAUUUCCGGCAACGCGGCUAGCAAUAAGAACAUUCACGGUACCGUAUCGGAACAACUUAAAAAGAACUUUGCCAAAUCGAGGUGGAAGCAAGCGUAUCACGCGGCCACGGUCAUACGGCAAAUGCAACGGCUGGCGCUAAACAGCGGCAGCAGCAGCAACAACAGCAACAGCAGGUGCAAGAGGGCAUAGGUUCCAUCGGCUCCUCCGGCAACAACCCCAUGCAAUAUCGAGAGCAAUCGCAAAUCAGUUACAACCAGCACACGGGGAAAGUGGGGUCACUACCCUCGAGCCACCUCAGCAACUGAAGCAGAACACGUCGCUCGACUUGUCGCCAAGUCUGCUGACGUUUACGAAUCUCACUUCUCACGCCAUUCCGAUUACUCCCGCCGAUCGUUCGCCGCCGAUGCUUAUUGUAUACAUACGCAACAAACGCUUCAAGCUGUGGGGCAGCAUACGAUGCACCGCUCUCUCUUUCUAUCCAUUCUAUUUUGGGACAAUGUGUCGUAACUUAGGAAGCAACGGAAGCAUAAGAAGAAUUGAAUCCAGGUAAAGUCUCGUGCACAUGAAAGACCGGGUCAACCGAGUCACAUCACGCGAUGUAGCCGUCGCUUCAAGCUACAGAAACGACGGAGAUAAAUUAUAAAGCCAAUUUGUGCUUCGCGUUGAUGACACACACACACACACACCCACAUAUACAUACACACACAUACAAAUUAAGAGACACAAUUGACAUCGAAAGGCGUAAAUCACAAUUCGCUUUGGGCCCAUGCGAUAUCAUACGACUCUCGUACCUUCUUCUAUGAUAGUUACGGCAAUUACUUUCGCUUAAGCUUUAUUCUUAUGAUUUACGAUGUUUCCUGUGUUAUACAUGCAUAAGCAAUAAGUCGCGUAGCAAUUUACAGAAUACGUUUUGUGUCGAUUUGAUAGAUAAAAGGCGGUCGCAUCUCUCUAAAGAUACAAGACUUGAAGAUUGCGUGCCGCGAUUAUAUCCGCGAUCACUUUGUUAGAUCGAGUCCGCUCUAUUAUAUAAUGUAACAUUAUAUAUAAAUAUAUACAUUACGCGAACAGUACAACGACAAGUUUUUAUAUUUUAUAAAAAAUUUGGUGUAAUAAGUAGCGCGGCUGUUUGAUACAAUUCUGUGCAGCAUAGAGACCUUGUACUGUUAGAUCACGGAUGAAUAUGAGAAAUUCUAUCUACUACGGUUCCUAUGUAAUUCGAUUCUCGCUCACUCCGUAAUAUACACCUCAGAGAAUGAUAGAUAAUGAUUUGUUAUAUAUUUACACAGAGGUUAUAGUUUACUUCUUCCGGAUGAUCCGCAAAAACCUAUUAUCCAAAAAAUGCAGACGAAAUAUCGAGAGGUCGCUUAAUGCACAGAGACAUAGCCUGAGGUCUAUUUCUUUCUCUCUCUCUCUUUUUUUCUUUUUUUUUAUUAACGGGUUUUAUUUCUAUAUAUAUAUUUUUUAAAUAUAAUUGAGACAUACCUUUACUUAUAUAAAUGCUUGCAUAGCAAAUACUUGUACAAUGUACUAUCCUAUAUAAUACGUAUCCUACAUACAUACAUACAUACAUACAUAUAUAUAUAUAUGUAUGUAUAUAUAUAUAUAUAUAUAUAUAUACUUUUCUCUCUUCUACUCUUCAUAUACAUAGUGAUAUUACACAUAGGAUUAACACAUAGGAUCUGCUCUGUGAAUAGGAUUGAGCUAGCUUGACACUUAAAUACGUAUAUGUACAUUAUUCUGCUAAUACUAUAUCGCACUAUAUGACACUUCUAUUUCUAUAGGAUACGUAAGGUGUACAUAAUGCACAAAUACAUGUUGAAACUCACAUAGAUUAUCUUGCGUGCCUGAUUUUAAGAGAUAUACACAUUCAGAGAAGCAGUUCUGUAAAGAUACUGUUACAGCGAUUGUAUAAUUAUUUCCUACAUGUAAAGACACGUUACGUUAUUUUGUUACUUUACUCUGCUACAAUUUGUAUGAUGAUUUAAAAGAUUUAUAAUAAUGGCAUAUAUAUAUACAUAUGUCUAGUGAACGAAAAUUCCUUUUUGUAAAGAAAAAUGCCACAUUUAUGUAAAGACAAAAUAGUAAUGUUAUUUUUAAUAAUUGGAACGUGUGCCAUAUAUAUGAACUGCUAUACAGUAUAGGAGCUAAUAAUUUUUACGCCUAUUUUAUUUUAUGAGUAAACGGAAAAUCGGAUUGAAGAGAGAUUAAGACCAUCUUCCCUCUGGAGUCACGCUGUAGCUAUCCGUAGCGCGGAUUUCUUCCUGACAGUCAGCAUUGCAUCCAUUGAGCGAGAUUCCAACAUCGCUCUGGAGUCGUAUACUUUAUCACUGUGUUGAAACUGGCAUAAGGUUGAGGUCUGAAUAGUUCAAUGGUAAGAGCAGUUGCCCGGAAAACGAAAAACUGAUUCGAUUCUCGAUUCAGCUACUCGUACCUCGCAUAUUUUUUCAAGUCCACAAAUAUUGUUUUCUAACAAUUAUGUGUUGAAUUGAACAAGUAUAUAAAUGCCCUACAUACAUAGAUAUGUCAGUUUCUCUGCCAUGGAUUGCUACAGCGUGGGCACUAGUGCCAUCCUCUGGGCACUAGUGUUACCCUUUGCUACAUACACUCCUGUUUACUUGGAGAGAUGAAAGAGAAUGUUAUUUAAAUGAUCUGACUUUUGAUCUGUUUAUUGCAUCUUCAUUAUUUUUAUUUGCGACGUUAGUAAAAAUAUAAUUUCUCGCAAUAAUAAUUUUACCGUAUCCGUAUCAAGACUGGUAGUCGUGAAAACCUCUUUUGUGCGAGAUAUAAAAAAGUACAAUUGUAAUUCGGGAUGAUGAGUUUCAUACCGUUAAGCUUUACUGUAAAGUGAACUGAGCAUGAAGCUUGUAAAUCACGUCUUAAUCAAAAUACACAUUUUGAAUGCCCUAUAUUUACCAAAAUUGUUGCUUGAAUGGAUAUUAUAGUCGAGUUUGAUAAAUUGGGACAGAUAUCGUGUAAUGUAAAUCGCUGUUCAAUCGCAAAGCUAAAGUAUCCUUUGCAAGACAUAUCUACGAAUAAAAAGAGACCGACUAGCAAUUUCCGUGUUUCACACUUAGUUAUGAAAGUAGAAUACUUGGAACAUACACACAUAUGGCUCUUGUUAAAAAAAAGAUCUGAGUAGCAAACAAUGUAAAAAAAAAAAAAAAAAUAUGCUAAUUGCGCUUUAUCGAACAGGUAUCCCUGUUGUUAUAGUGUAUAUUCACUCUUUCUCUCGGAAUUAAAUUAUGAUAUAAUACGAUAUAAUCUCUUGGCAUUAUCACAUAUUAGGCAUCCGUCCGUACAGCGGGCACUUUUUGAUGUAAGGAAAUAUCGCAGAGAAUUAUAGAAAAAGAAAGCGUACUGAAUCUCGAUUAUGAUCUUAUCUUUGAGGAUGCGUUGGAGAACAUUGCUCUCUAGCAGUGAAUUUCGUCCAAUUAGACAUUUGGAACAUCUUAAUGUUGCGAAUGGUUUCUUUUUUUUUACGAGGAAACAAUUAUAGCGCCCCGAAUAAUUUAAAUAUUUUUACCUCGCAUCUCGAGUUUCAUGUUCUUGAUUAUAGCCCCAUGGUUGGGAAAGUUACUUUAUAAAAGUAACUCGUUACCGUUCUUUUUUCUAAAAUGUAACUCGUUACUGUUACUCCUCGUUACCAAUUUUAAAAAGUAACCAAUUUCCGUUACUCAAAAAAUAACGAGUCGUUACAAUUUCCGUUAGUUUUUUUUUAUAUAUAACACAAACUUUACAUACAAUUUUUUUUUAAUACAAAAUCAAAUUAAACAUUAAAAAUUUUUAAACAUUAUCUUACAUUCUUACAAAGUAGAAAAAAACAAAAUAUCAGAAUAAGCUUCCAGUAGUUUUCAUGUAAUACUGCAUUCCAACACUCUUAUCAAUAUAUUCCUUUGUAUGAAAAUUAUACCGAGUAAAUUCGAAAAAAGGAACGAUAAAGGUAGCUGUUAAAUUCGUUACUCGUUACCGAAAAAUGUAACGAAGUUACUUUUUCCGUUACAAACAAAAUUUGUAACGCCGUUACCGUUACACUUACCCAAAAAAGUAACUAUAACGGUAACGACGUUACAAGUAACGCGUUACUUCCCAACCCUGCAUAGCCCUAAAUCCGUUAACAACGGACACUCUAUUUUACGGCUGUAGAAUAAUAUUUGUUUGGCGGUGCAAUGAACAAGCGAUAUAACAAUAUAUAAAAUUACCGUUAAUUAUACGCUUUUUAAAGUAUAAUCCAACUAAACUAUUAUUGAUAUCUUUCAUUGUAUAAAUUGACUUCUGAAGUGCCUUGGAUGACAUGAUGAUGGUACAUUACCAUACGUGCCAUUAAUAGAGACUUUAGUAGGUGCUUAUAUCACAGAACGUGUUCGAAUAUCUAUGUUGCGAAAUAACGAUUUUUUUUCUAUCAAAGUUUGUAGAUUAUAUUUAAAGCGCUUAAGUGUAUCAAUGCGUAAAAAAUGUACGUCCAGCGCUCCACAAUUUCUUGUAUGAGUAAAAUAUGCAAAGGAUCGAAGAUUGUUGAUUGAGUGUGUGGAUAUACAUGCUAUAGGUAUUUUUCUCAUUAAUACAAUAGAUUGGGGUAGAAUUAGAAUUCUAUAUUAAUCAGUGUAACCAUUAUAUUGCAGUAAUAGUCUCCUUCGAGCGUAUACCUGUGUUCUUUCGACCCCGAUGCUAAAGUGCUCCGCGUGUGAUCAACAUCAUGUCAUCUAAUAAGAGAGAUUCGCUAGAAAACAUUCGUUUUACGCUAAUAGGCACGCAUGUUGUGCGACGGCUCUGCGAUAAAAAUUCUAAAAAAAAGGAGAGAUCUUUAAAACGGAGCUUUAGUUUGUAUAUUCAGAAUACCGUGCCACACACAUAUGAACAAACAUAUCGGCAGGAAUACUGUAAAUGUGAUGUAAAGAUAAGCUGAUCCUAAAUAGUGAUGAGAACAAAUUGUUAAUGCAGUUCUAGCUAAAGAAAAAAAAAAAAAAGUUGUUAA